CCCCCGCCACUAUCUGUGAUUGCCGCGCCCCCCGACGUAAGCUCCCGCGGUCCGCUGUAUGCUGGAAAAGUUCUGUUUGGCUUCGUCUGCACGUUGCGUCCUCUAAGCUCUCGAGGGGCGUCUCCUUCUUGUCCCCCUCCACCACGUCCAACGUGUCGAGCGCAGCACCAUGAGCGCCGUCGAGAGCCCGUCACCAGGUUUCGAGUUCCCGGACUUUACGCUGGAUCUGUCCGUGCUCUCGAGGACGCCGUCGCCUCAGUUUUCCCUCUCACCGCCUCUGUCGCCAGCCCUUGGGCCCAGGUCGCCAGUCCUAGUGGCCUCGCAGAAGCUGGAGACGCCUCCUGCGUCCCCUGCGCUGCCAGCGGCGCCUCUGGAGUCCCCGACGCCGCAGUCGCCCACGACCGCGCCUCGAGGACGCGCGAAAUCGCCCCUCCCACGGUCCAUUUCGCCAUUAGUGCGGCCGAGCUCGGCAUGGCGCCUAUCGUCGACGCUCAAGCUCUCCGAUCGGCGCGCGACGCAGUCGCCGACGGACGGGCCCGCCGUGUGGAGCCCCACGCAGACGGACACGAGCAGCGUGCUGAGCAGGCCGGGCUCGCUCUCGCCGCGCUCGAUGUCGGCGGUGCUGCGCGCGUCGUGGCCGAGGUUGAGUGGCCGGAGGUCGUCGGCUAUGGUCAUCAACGAGCGGCAGACGAACGAGCAUGGGGUGCAGGUCGACCACGGUCGCGCGCGCACGGACGGGUUCCCCAUCACCGAGGAUGCCCGCAAUGCAGCCGAGUCUGUCGAUGGGCACUGCGGGCCGCUCGGGCGUGUCUCUGAGGACCGCGCGGAGUCGGAGGAGCUCAUCAGGUCGGACGACUCCGCCGUCUCGCGGCCGAGCACGAGCUCGCGGGGGCGUCGGGUUGGGGGUUCUGCGUUUUUGGAGGGGCUCCCGGAGGUCGAGAUCCCGUUUGUGCCGCUGCCGGCGCCGACACUGGCGCCUACGGCAGAGGGGAACGACUGGAAUGACGUGCUGCGCGCGGUCAUGGAAGUCGAUGGGGAGGGCGAGCUGCCCCCGGAAGCGUUUGUGAAGGAGGAGCCAUCUGAGGAAGAACCCGCUCCUGAUAUAGAGAACGUCGUUGUCAACGAGGACCACGAGGCAAAGGAAGCCGAGGACGACGCUGCGGAGAAAGCUGCAGCUGCGCUGGACGCUGCUCUCGGUAUCGAUCGCGCGCUCGAUCUGGGUCUCGGAGUCGGGCUGGUGGCUACCAAAUCGGGAGCGAGCUCUCAGACUGUCCUUGCGCCUGUGCCGAAGCCUGCUUCUCAUCCAGCGCCUGCAACAGCUUCAACGUCAACGCCUGUCGCAGAUCCAGCUCCAGCGCCUACCGUGCUCUCCCCCAGCGCGACACCGCCCCGCCCCUCCGAGCUCUUCGCCCGCCCGCGUGUCUUGACUUCGCCUGGGUACGCCGUCUAUGCUUCGUCCGCUGGCAAGUCGCAGUUGGUUGGUCGCAUGCCGGGCGCGUAUCCGCCGACGCCGGCUGCUACGGAUAAGCUCGCGACGAGGUUCCCUCUCGUGGAGAAGGAGGACCCACCGUCUGGGUCGGCGGUCGACAAGGCUACCUCGCCUGGACGCAGCGCAGCGCCGACACCACCGAAGACGGCGGCACCGGUUUUCUCUGCAGUGACGGCAGCUGCGCUGCCUUCUGCUCCGGCUGCGCCAGUCUUUUCUGCGCCGCCUCGACCGUCUUCAGCGUCUCUUGCACCAGCUAGACCUCUCUCGCCUCCUGCAUCGGCCCAAUCUCCCUCACCACCACUCGAGAUACCCGUGAUUAGACCCAGCCCCGCACACCGCGCGUCCACCUCGAGCCAUCCAACAAUACCCUUCACCAACGGGUUUGUGUCUGGAUAUGUGGAUGCGCCCAAUGGAACCGUGCCGUCGGUAUCGUCGCCCAGUGGCAUCGGCUCCUCGUCAAACGGCACUGGCUCUCCGCACGGCAUCGCGUCCUCACCUAACGGUAUCGCAGCGGCCCCCGACGGGCUGGUUCCCUGGCCCGCGUGCGCGUCGGUGUCCUCGCUUUCCAAGUACUCUGAGCCGGAUUGGGUGCCGCCUGCAGACGAGCGGGUUGUAGUGCCUUGGACGACUGGAGCGCCCGCUGGAGGGGCGGUGUCGACAACCGGAGUGCCGCCUUCGACGAUUACAGCACCGACUUCGACAACUGACGCGGCGCUCUCGACGAUCGGCGCGUCGCCCUCGACGACUGCAGCAUCUGCUGCUGCUCAGGUCGGGGCGCUUAGUGGGGCUCAAAAUGUUGCACUAGCGCCAUUCACGGUUGCACCUGAGGCGGCGAAGUCGAAUGAAGCGCGGUCAGCUGCAAUUCAGGGCGACGCGAAGAAGGAAGUGGAUCCGCAAGACGCUCCAGCCGCCGCGAACGUCGAGCCCCCCACGACCAAGAAAGCCUCUCCAGCCUCAUCCGGCACGAGCACCCCGCCGAUCGCAUUCAACGCGAGCAUCCCCACGAACGCACUCACCACUGUCACUCCGCCCAACACUACCAAUCCCGGCCCACCCCCACGCCCGCUUAAAGCCCCCUCCCGGGCGCACUCCGCGCGCUCUACGGCGACCUCGAUGUACACCUCGGCGCUCUCGCAUGCCCCUACACCGGCGAAUCUGGACCGCGAUGCGUGGCAGCCGAGUCCGCACUCCUCCGCGCAUCUCAGCCGGCAUUCGUCCACGGCGCCUCUCAACGCACGGAGGUCGGGCUCCAGGUCGAGCUCGUCGUCGAGUCCCUCAUCCCAUAAAUCCGGUUCUAGUCAGCGUCGCGAUAUCCGGGAGCUGGGCCAGACGCCACAGAGCCGCUCGCGCGGGUCAUCGCAUAAGUCCCCUGCCCGCCGCUCGCGCAAGUCCUCCAGCCGCCAUUCCUCCGCCCAUCGCUCGUCGAAGGGCACUCCGUCGCCCAACAAGGACCGCAGCCUCCGCCGCUCGCAUUCGUCGAUCUCGCAUCGCGGAGUAGCAAAUAAGCGGUGGUGGCGGAGGGUCAGUGCGCGGUGGAAUGUGGCGAUGGGGAUCCUGCGGGGGAGGACUGGGGCUUGAUCGUCUGCCAGGAUCUCCGACGAUGCCUGCCUCCUGUGGUAAGGCGUGCGCGGUGCGAACCUAGCUCUCAUUGUGUAUGUUGUGUGUUCUUGAUCUCCGUGGUCCCUGCGUACUUAUUUUUGUUUGCUAUAUCCCUCUCAUGUUGUUGGAUCAUUCUGCUGACUCUCGGAUCGCCCGUCGAUACCCCUCACCGCUCAUUACUUCCGCCUUUCUGUGCUCACCUCGGAUCUCUUCGACUGUUGAUACCGGCUUCCUACUUCGCCUUGGACUGUUUAUGACUGUUACGGACUUCGUAUACCUUGUUGGCUCAGUGGCGCCCUUCUCCUGCUUGAAACUCAGCGGACUGCUUAUGACGAGGAAGGAUUCUUGCAUGUGCCUGGGCCUUUCGCUUUUUGUUCAGGGUACCAGUCAUUGAGGUGCUGCGUUUCAAUACACCACGGUGCUUCUAAG